AUGGUCUCGUUGUUUCCGUCUCUUCUGCAUAUCUUCUCUCUUCUAAGACUCGUCUCUAUUCUGCGACUCGUCUCUCUUUUCUUUUCUGCGACUCGUCUCACUUUUCUCUUGUGCAACUCGUCUCUCUUUUCUCUUCUACGAAUCGUCUAUAUUCUCUCUUCUGCGACUCGUCUCUCUUCUCUCUUCUGCGACUCCUCUUCCCUCUUUUGCGACUCGUCUCUCUUUCAUUUCUGCGACACGUCUUCCUUUUUUCUUCUACGAAUCGUUUCUCUUCUCUCUACUGCGACUCGUCUCUCUCUCUUCUUUUCUGCGACUCGUCUCUCUUUUCUCUUCUACGAAUCGUCUCUCUUCUCUCUUCUGCAAUUCGUCUCUCUUCUCUCUUCUACGAAUCGUCUCUCUUUUCUUUUCUACAAAUCGUCUCCUUUCUUCUGCGACUCGUCUCUCUUCUGUCUAAUUCGCUUCGCGCAUUCGUAUUUAUGGACAUUCACCCAAAUUACCGAAACUUCUGUCAGUGAAAAUCUAUCGAAGACGAUUGAAUCCAUCUUUUGCUACGCAAAUUCGGCGGCAGAUUUCUCUCUCACAGCGACCAUGUGCUGUUACCAUGGAGCUUAG